CUUAACCAUUCGCAGCAUGGUAGGCGAGUACCAGUGCCUCGAAUCGGAUUCGAGCUGCCACCGGCAGCCAGUGCAGGGUGAGGAGGAAUGGUGCGGUGUGGGAGAAUUUGGGUAGGUUGAAGACCAAACGAGCCGCUGCGUUCUGGAUGAGCUGCAGAGGUCGGAUGGCACAUGCCGGCAGACCAGCUAGGAGUGAGUUGCAGUAGUCCAGGCGAGAGAUGACAAGAGCCUGCACCAGUACCUGCGUCACACAGGGAGAGUGCCUUGCCUGAGACUCCCAGUUGUUGGAGGGUGGAGAGGAGGAUCUGGUCGUUCACAGUGUCAAAAGCUGCUGAGAGGUCGAGCAGGAUGACCACAGAGGAGAGGGAGGCUGCCCUAGCUGUGUGGAGUUCCUCUGUGACAGCUAGGAGGGCAGUCUCUGUUGAGUGUCCUGCCUUGAAUCAUGACUGGUGGGGGUCAAGAAGGUUGUUCUGGUGGAGAUAUGUAGAAAGUUGAAACAAGACAGCACGUUCCAGAGUUUUGGAAAGAAAUGGAAGAAGAGAGACAGGUCUAAAGUUUCUCAUGUCAGAAGGGUCGAGUGUAGGUUUCUUUAAGAGAGGGUUCACUCUUGCUGCUUUGAGAGCACUUGGGAAGGGACCUGUUGACAGAGAGGUGUUGAAUAGACGGGUGAGGAAGGGAAGGAGAUCAGGAGCAAUAGACUGAAGAAGGUGGGAGGGAAAAGGGUCAAGAGGGCCUGUGGUGGGGCGGUGGGAGGUGAGCAAGGAUAGAACCUCACUGGGAGGUAGUGGUGAAAAAGCAACUAGAGAAGGAGAUGAGGAGGGUGAAGGAGAGGCAGUGUCAGUAAGGGGGUCGGGAAAUGAGGAGCGAAUGGUGUCUAUCUUUUCUGCAAAGCAGUUUACAAAGUCGCUUGGGCAGAGGGAGGAGGGAGGUGGGAGAGCGGGAGGGUCGAGGAGGGAGGAGAAGAUGGAAAAAAAAUGUUGGGGUUGGAGAAGGAGGACUGAAUUUUAGAUUCAAAGAAAGAUUUUUUUAGCAGCUGAUCAGGAAGUAGAGAAGGAGGAAAGAAGAUAUUUUCUAGGCAAGAAGAUCCUCGUGGCAUUUGGAGUUUUGCCAUUGUCGCUCAGCUGCUCGCAGGGAGGUUCUGUGAGACCGUACUGACUCAGAUAACCACGGAGCUGGAGGGGUGAGGCGAGCCCGCCGAGAGGUGAAUGGACAGAGGGAGUCCAGGGAAGAGGCCAAGGUGGAGAGAAGAGUGUCUGUGGCAGAGUCAGGGGAAAGGAGUGAGAAGGAGUCGGCUGAGGGGAGAGCAGAUGGGAAAGAUGAGGCGAGAGAGGAGCGAGAGAGGGAACGAAGGUUGCUGCGGACAGGUACAGUAUGAGUGGAAGAGGGAGGGUCAGGAGUUAGAGAGAGGGGAAGAGAGUAAGUUAUGAAGAAGUGGUCAUAGAGAUUUAACAUUUACAUCAACAUUUAAGGUUUGACUUUGACUUUCCUCUUUGAUAAAGCUUGUUCAGGUGAGUCCCGAACCAUCUCUUUGCUGCAAGUGGAACUCCCAUCAUCUCUCUCUCUCUCUCUCUCUCAAAUUCAAAUUCAGCAUUAUUGGCAUGGGAAACAGAACAGAACAUCACAAGGACUGGACCAGACUUUCACUGACAUUGCACUUUCUGAAGGCAGGGAAGAUGUGGCCUGAAUGUCAAGGGUCGGGAUAUGACGCCGCCUGCGGCCGACUUCGCCGUGUCGGAUGCUAAGAUGAUGCUAAACCCGUCCGCCCGGCUGCCGGACGACCGACGGUCCAUGUACAGCCAGUCCCACCACAGCGUGUACAGGAGCGGCGACAGAACCAGCCCCAUCAGCGUCAUCCUGGUGAGCUCCGGCAGCCGCGGGAACAAGCUGCUCUUCCGGUACCCCUUCCAGAGGGCGGCGGACUGUCCGGCGUCUGUCACGGCAAAACAACGAAGUCCAUAUGCACUGAACACAACCGGUGAGGGUCUUGAAGAUCAGGAUGGUGAUUCAAGGGAACAAUCUCCACUAACUGACGAACAGUUGGUAGCCGGGUUCUCUGACAUCAUCCUCGCCACCAUCCUGGCCACCAAGUCUGAUAUUUGUGGGAAGAAGUUUGAACUCAAGAUAGACAAUGUUCGGUUUGUGGGUCACCCGACUCUCCUCCAGCAUCCUCCCAUUAUUCAGGUUUCUAAAUCAGAUCCUUCGCCUAAGAGAGAGAUGCCCACCAUGAUCUUGUUUAAUGUGGUGUUUGCACUAAGGGCGAACGCUGACCCCUCGGUCAUCAGCUGCAUGCACAACCUGUCGCGCCGCAUCGCGAUUGCUCUGCAGCACGAGGAGCGCCGCUGCCAGUACCUGACCAGAGAGGCCAAACUGAUGCUCGCCGUCCAGGACGAGAUCACCACCACGACUGAGUCCGAUGGAAGCCCCCAGUCCCCUUUUAGACAAAUUCUUCCUAAAUGUAAGCUAGCCAGGGACCUGAAGGAAGCUUAUGACAGCCUUUGUACAACUGGUGUGGUGCGACUACACAUUAACAACUGGUUGGAGGUGAGCUUCUGUUUACCGCACAAGAUCCACAGGAUCGGUGGCAACCACAUACCCCCUGAGGCAUUAGAGCGCAGCCUUAAGGCUAUAAGACCCUACCACGCCCUGUUGCUGCUGGAAAGUGAGAAGGCCCUGUUGAGCCAGCUUCCCCUGGACUGCUCGCCUGCGAUGGUGCGCCUCAUCAAGACCUGCUCAGCGGUGAAAAACCUGCAGCAGCUCGCCCAGGACGCUGACCUGGCCUUACUUCAGAUCUUUCAAAUCGCUGCCCACUUGGUCUAUUGGGGCAAAGCGAUCAUCAUCUACCCGCUGUGCGAGAACAACGUGUACAUGCUGUCUCCUCAUGCCAACAUCAGCCUAUACUCGCCGCUGGCCGAGCAGUUUGCUCAGCAGUUUCCUGGUCAUGAUCUGCCAACCAUGUUAGCCAAGUUCUCACUGCCUGUCUCACUGGCUGAGUUCAGAAACCCCCUGGAGGCUCCUGCACAGGAGGCCCAGCUGAUCCAGAUGGUAGUGUGGAUGCUUCAGCGGCGCCUGCUGAUCCAGCUGCACACCUACGUCUGCUUGCUGGUACCGCCCAGCGAGGACGAGCCCGGGCUGAGGGAUGAAGACCUCCCGCUGGCCGCCAGAGUAGGAGGCCGGAGUCUCAGCACGCCUAGUGCCCUCAGCUUCGGUUCCCCAACCAGCAGUGAUGACAUGACCCUCACUAGUCCCAGUAUGGACAACUCUAGUGCAGAGCUGCUGCCUGGUGGAGACUCUCCACUAAACAAGCGGAUGACCGAGACGCUGCUCGCCAGCCUGUCGGAGAACGAGAGGCAGGUCAUUCUCAACAUCCCUGCCGCACAAAAUCCAGAGGAUCUGCGGAUGUUUGCCCGGCUGCUGCACUAUUUCCGCGGACAUCAUCACCUGGAAGAGAUCAUGUACAACGAGAACAUGAGGCGCUCACAGCUCAAGACGCUGUUCGACAAGUUCCGAAGUGUCCUUGUGGUGACCAACCACGAGGAUCCCAUUAUCUCCAUCUUUCAGUCACCCAUGGAGUAAGUGGGACGGAGACGGCGUCAGCUCUCACCGACUGGAAAAACGCGUCGGUCUGAAUGCAGUUAAAUAGCCUUCAGUGCCACAACAGUUUCAAAAUCUGAUUACACUGUGGUUGCAUUAACGUGUGCAGAUUUACAAAAUGUAGAAAGUGUUUUUAUCUCUAUGAGCCAAAUGUUUUGUUUACAAUAUUAAAUUAUUUUGUACAUAUCAGAAAAAAAA